AUAUGUUAACCACUAAAUAAAUAAAUGUUUGCAUAGAUACUCAUACCGGGGGUUCCCCUUAUAAACAAUUCGUAAAAUAGUGGUUCGAUUCACAAAUAUAUUUUUAUUUUUUGAGAUGGAUUGUUAACUGGUUGGUGAACUUGUUUAUAGUAGACCAACUGUGACCACAGGAAUUCAUCAUUAUUAUGAAACAUAUGGAAAUGUUUAAAUUACAAUUGUACCUAUACGUGCUUGGAAUUACCACUGUCUUGGCUGCUGUUCGUGAAAAUUCAGAUGUCAAGUAUGUUACUAGAUUUUUUGGAAAUGACAGGAGGUUUUGUAUUCCAGUUGUAAAUUGUCCACCAGGACAUGAAAUUUUACCAUGUAGUAUUGAUCAUACCAAAGAUAUAUGUACACCUUGUCCGUUGGGGUUGGUCCAACCUAAUUACAUCCAGUCAUCACAGGAUCCACAGCAAACAGAAUGCUUUGAAAACAAAAACAAGGAUAAAUGUCAUGCAUCCGAUAUUGAGCCUAGUCGUACUUCCAAUGCUAAAAUGUGUAACUAUGCCCAGUUCUGCCAGUGUAAUACUGACGAAUGUUACUAUGGAGAUCCGUGCGCAUGCAUGAAAAAAUUCGAGAAAUGUGGUGUUGGAGAAACAUUAAAUGAAAAUGGAACAUGCGUACAUUGUCCGAUGGGUACAUGGAAGAACGAAACAGGUUGUGGCCCUUGCAUCAGCACAGGUCGCAGUGUUGUAGUCAAAAGCUCCCCAGUACAGACUACAAAGAAGCCAGUAACGAGACUUUUUGACGGUUUGUUUUUUUACAGGAAGGAAAAUACUAAAUUUAGCACAGCAGAAUCUCCCAUGUUUUCUACAAAUAAAACAGAAAGUACCACUAUUCAAACGAAAGAAUCGGUUUCGAUCCCAUCAGUUGCACGCCAAACUAUGGAGUCUUCGUCUGGCUGGUUAGUUGCUAUCGUAAUAGUUUUGAUGCUUAUGGUAGUUGCGGGAAUAAUUCUGAUCGCAGGUGUACUAUUUAAGUACACACGACAAAAGAAAGACGGUGCUGAUACUGCUGAAGAAGGUCGACUUCUUGACCAUCAACAAAAUAACGGAACAAAUAGAAACUAUGCUGAAGCGAAGGGUCAUCUACAUAAUAAUUUACGGAACGCCAAUUUAGAAAACGACUGCAUUCAUAGACUUGUUAAAAAAGAACAUGAUGCUCCUGUAAAGAAUUCUAACGAAAUCGAUAAAUAUUUAAUCUCCGAGGACAGAUGCCCAAACAAAUUGAAAAGCAUUGAAAUUGAUAAUGCAGAUGCUUUACCAAAGAUCAUCACGAAGAUUGUUAAUAAUGGAAAAGUGAUUCCAACUUCUGACGACGAAUCUUGUGUUAAUACAUCGACGGAUAAAAUUAAUUCCGUACAAGAAAGCCCAAAUAACAAUAACAUAAGUACAUUGGAAUUACCUCAAGUAGAAUUUCAAGAAGACCACCAAAGAAAACAUAGAACUAACUUUGUACUGGGUCUUAACAUGAGUCCAGAUUUAGCACAAAUUUGUGAAAUAAAUGAAGACAGAUUACUUGAAUGCCAACACCCUCCUCGACCUACACAGCUUUCCGAACAGAAAUCAACUCCCGUUACACAAGUUUCUGAUGAUGGAAUUGGUAAUUAUAUAAUUUCAGAUGAACAGUCGAGCGGAUACGAAUCUGCAGGUCGAAAUACAGAGAGUACAGAAAGUCUGACGAGCGAUCUAGAAAACCAUGAAUUUGGACUGGUUGGAAAGUCAAUUACUUCUUUAUGUAAUGGAAGUUUAAUACCUGAAAAAAAUAUAAGUGGGAAAAUUGGUGUUGGAAACAACACCGACUGCAAGCAGACAAUUUGAAUGAAUAAGAUAUUCCCUACGAUUUAGGAAAAGUUUCCUCGAAUAAAAACGCGAAGGAUAAGUGAAAAUACCUUGGAUAGGUUUAUUUUCUAAACUCCCGGUCCUUAUAAAUAAUGAAUUGCAAUUCAGAUUGAUUAAUUAGAAUUGUCAGGGCAUAUAUACAACCGAACUAUAGGAAUCGCAUUUAUUGCCAAAUAUGUGUUCAAUGAUGUAAAUCGAAUUAAUGUUAUUUUUAUGUUAGUUUAUUAUGCACUAAGUCACAAUUAGAAGUGCUAUCUGUUAUAGAAUUAGAUAUUAUAAUUAUGAAUAAAGGAGAUGUAUGUUUGUUA